AUGUCCAUAAAGAAUUUCGAGUCUACCCACACUUGCGGUCAACAUGGAUCAAAUGCUGGCAACUCAAGGGCAUCAAGGAAGUUCAUUACUAGCCAAAUACAAGCUGUUUUGAAGGUUAGGCCAGAUCUUCGUGCGGUUGAUAUCAAGAAUGACAUGCUCUCUAUUUUUGGCAUCAAGAUUAACUAUAGUAAAGCGUGGUGGAGCAAGGAGACAGCUCAACAGGACCUGUUCAGUGACUAUGAUGAGGCUUACAAUUCACUGAGAUGGUAUGAAUCCAUGGUGCAUGCAACUAAUCCAGGGAGUCGUGUUGUUAUUGAUGCUGAUGACGGGAGGUUCAAGCGAUUGUUCAUUAGUUAUAAUGCCUGUAUUGAAGGGUUCAUUGCUGGGUAUAGGCCUCUAUUGUUUUUGGAUGGAAUAUUUAUUAAAGAUCGUUACAGAGGCAUACUACUUAGUGCUACUAGGUAUGACGGCAACCAGGGAAUAUUUCCCCUUGCUUAUUGCGUAUGCGACCAAGAGAAUGAGGUUAAUUGGAAAUGGUUCUUACAAGGAUUAUGGACGUUACUGUAUGAUAGGGAAAAUUAUUACCAACCUCCACAUCGACUGGUAAUGAUUUUCGAUGCCGACAAGGGUAUUAGGGCAGCAGUCGAGAAAUUCUUUCCAGAUGCAUUCCAUUUAAGGUGUGUUCUGUAUCUAGUCGAGAAUUUCAAAAAGAAGAUGAAGGAUUUUGGGCAUAAGGAUAAUGACAUGAAAGAAUUAGCAGCGAUCGAUCACAGGGCUUACGUCACUGUAAUGGAAUACUCCCCGGAGAGAUGGGCAAAUGUACAUUUUCCUGGUAUAAGUGUUUUGUUGUUAAUGUAUGGCCAUGUUACUUCAAAUGUUGCUGAGUCUUUUAACAGCUGGAUAAGAAAGGCACAAUUGUUGCGAAUCUUACCUUUGGUUGAGACCAUACGGAAGCAAAUAAUGGAGCGCAUGCAUGAAAGGAGGUUAGUGGGUCAGAAAUGGUCUGGAUACUUAUGCCUGGAAGCGGAGAUGGUGCUGUGUGAUAAUAUUCAGCAUGGUAGCUGCUUGGCAAUUAAACAUUCGACGGAAGAUAUUAUGGAGGUCGAGUCUAAUAAAACUUGCCGUGUAGAUUUGAAGAAUCGGACUUGUUCUUGCAGGUCCAGGGACAUCACCCGCAUUCUUUGCAAACAUGCGUGCGCUGUAAUUACAUUGAUGGGACGAGAAAUUUAA